AUGCAGCUUGAGGUUGGCGAUGGUGCAGCUGCUAGUAGUAGUGCUGCUGAUCCGGCCUCUCGGUCGGAGCCUCCUCGGGUGUACAUCAAGGGUUGGCGGCUUUACGUCGUGAGCUUUUCCCUCUGCCUCUCCCUCCUGCUCUCCACCCUCGAGACAACCAUCGUCAGCACGUCUCUAGUCUCCAUCACCAACGCGCUGGGAGGGUUCGACCAGCGCGACUGGGUCGUGACUUCUUACCUCCUGACAUACACAGGCUUCCUCGUCAUCUAUGCCAAGUUCAGCGACAUCCUGGGCCGCAAGUUUAUGCUCCUGCUCGCCCUCGCCCUCUUUACCGUCUUCUCCAUCGUCUGCGGAUCCAUAUCCUCCAUCUUGCAGCUCAUCAUCUUCCGCGCCUUCCAGGGCGUGGGGGCCUCGGGCAUCUACGCCAUGGCCACGGUCAUGAAUCCGGAGCUGGUGCCACCCGAGCAGUGGGGCACCUACAUCGGCAUCGUGUCCAUGGUCUUUGUGCUCAGCUCCGUCCUGGGGCCGAUUCUUGGGGGUGCCAUCAACGACCACUCAUCGUGGCGAUGGGUCUUCUUGCUCAACGCACCAGCCGGCGCCGUGGCGACCGCCCUGAUCGCCUUCAUCCUGCCCACCCACUUCCCCCACCAGGGCAACCCGGAGCGCCAGCUACGGCUCCGCGACAAGUUCUCGAGGGCGUCCCUCGCCCGGCUCGACGUCGUCGGCGCCCUCCUGCUCCUGGCUUCCUCCAUCCUCCUGGUCUUCGGCUUCGAGGAGGCCGGCUCCCGGUACCCGUGGUCCAGCCCCGCCGUGAUCAGCGCCCUCGCCCUGGGCGGCGCCCUCUUCGUCGCCUUUGUCGGCUGGGAGAAGGUCGUCGGGGCAGUCCACUUCGUCCAGGAACCCAUCUUCCCACUACGGCUGAUGAAGAGUCGCCAAUUCGUCGGCAUGACCAUAAUCGCCCUCCUAACCGGCCCCCCCUUCAUGACCGUCCUGAUCAACCUCCCCCAGCGCUUCCAAGCCGUCAACGGCAGCUCCCCCUUCGAGGCCGGCAUCCACCUGAUCCCGCUUCUCCUCUGCUCUCCCGCCGCGACGGCCCUGUCGGGCCUGCUUGCCAGCAAGCUCAACGUCCCGCCCUUCUACCUCAUGUUCACCGGCGCAUCGCUACAGGUCCUGGGCGUCGGGCUUGCCAGUUCGGCGGGGGUCGGGGACGACCGGGCCAUGUACGGCUACGAGGUUGUCAUGGGUUUUGGAUUCGGCAUGUCGCUCAUCACGUUGCUCAUCUACGUGCCGCUGGCCGUCGAUAAGUCGGACAUGGCCGUUGCCAUGGGCUCGAUCACCCAGAUCCGCGUCCUCGGAGGCACCAUUGGCCUGGCUAUCGGGUCCACCGUUCUCAACAACGCCCUGUCGCCGCGUCUGGCGGCGCUGCUCACCCCGGCCGAGAUGCAGCAGAUCGCUGACUCGGUCGGGGCUAUCGGCGCCCUCCCGGCCGCGACCAGGGACGCGGUCCGGCUGGCGUUUUGCGACGCGUACAACGCGCAGCUGAGGGUGAUGCUGUACUUCAGCGUCGUGGUCUGGAUCUCGACGCUGCUGCUCUGGGAGAGGAGGCUGAGGAGGGCGAGCGAUGUGGAGGGGUAUUGA